CUUUUUGGAGCCCACUUUUUUAAUUCUCUGUAAAUCAGUGCUUUUUGUGGGUAAUCUGGAGCAAGGAAAGGUUCGUUAUCGAGUGAGUAAAGAUGCCUAUCACAUCAGAGCGUGAGGUGCGAGGAGAGUCGGAGGAUGACAAGGAGAAGGUUCACAAACAGUUUGAAACCUACAACAAGAAGUUCAAUAGAGUUCAAAAGAAAUAUACCGAUUUCAUGGAAUUCCGGUCGUUUAAACACAUAUCAUGCGAUAUCCCAUGUCUUGGUAACAUCAAGAGAGAUGAUAGGUUGGCUGUAUUUGAUAAACAAUCUACUGAUGGUACUGGCUGCCUGACGUUCCAUCAAUUCCAAAAGGCAGUGAACAUGCUCGCAGACUUAGAGGUUCAAUAUCGUUCAAAACUGAAUGAGUCAAAUCAGGCCCCUGCUAGAGAGGACAUCAAGAUGCAAGUGCGUGAAGAAAUCCUGCAACUUAAUCCAAAUAACGUUCGUCAGUGGUUUAAGUCUAUGCUGAACUUAAUCGUUGACAACGAGCCCUCCAUCAGCAGGGUGGCAUCUGGUACGGGAAACACCCUGAAGAUGAUUGGGAAAACCUCUGUGGAGAUGCUGGGCCAUGUUGGCACUGCAGUGACCUGGAUCGGACCAGCCGUCAAGCUGCUUGAGAUAAUCUGGAGGCGGAUCACAGCCCUUGAUGAGAUAACCGAUGACUUGGUCAAGUUUGUUGAUACGUUGUCAUAUUUGACAGAAACUAUUGAGUUUAUUGACGAGUCAUCCCUCUACAAAACAAACAUGAUGAAGAAUCGCAUAAAAGGGUUAGAGAAAAUGUUGAAAACGGCAGAAGCUCUUUUCAACGAUGUUGAAGAGAACGGAAACAAUAAAGUGAAGAAGUUUUUCUCCGCAAAGGAGAAUCAGAAACGACUUCAAGAUAUGGAAGAGGAUUUGACCAAAUGGAUCAGUCAGACUUACUUUAUCCAGCUCGCUGAGAACCAGGAGCUGACUAUUGAGCUUCAGAGCCAACAACAAGUCAUGCAGAAGGAUUUGACUGAGUUUAUCUCAGAGAAUCGUUCCCGCUGGAAGGAGCUUAAAAAAGUAUUAUCUUUGAGUGCCAUGGUUGAAACCAACCAGGAAAACCAUGAUAGUGCUGGUGAUGGAGACUGUCGUGAUUCUAAUGUCUGUGCUGUACCUCCUCGUGUUGAAAUGGCCCAAGCGAGCCAUACUGCUGCAACAGGGAAAGAUGACAACCUUCAUGUCUCAAUUUCUGCUGCUCUCCCUCUUGAGUUGCAAAAGUCCAACUCAGACUUCCUCAUCUACCACGACUAUGAGGACCAAGAGAAGGCCAAGGCACUUCGUGACAAGUUGACCAAGGAAAUGAGAAAGUUCCGCUUGGAGGAUGGCACCAUUGAGGUAGUGAGAGUUCACAUCCUUGAUGACUUUCAUUCAUAUGGUGUUCCACAGGCGAGGCUAGAAGCUGCACUGCAAUUAGCAUCCGUGAAAUUACUCCUAGUUACAAGUCAUUUCCCCAAAUUGAAAAACCUGGGAGCACAUCCCCUUGAAAUCUUUAAAAUUCUUCAAGAUAGUCGGACUGGGGAGGUGUUUGCUUUGAGAGAUGAUGCUGACUACAAGUCAUAUCUGCCAGACUUGGACUUUUACGUUCAGGGUCUAAUGCAAGGAUGUUCUUAUGAUCCAAAUAGCGAAGACUUUGUUAGUAAGAUGACGGACCUCUUCAGGAGGCAUCUGAUGUCUCGUGUGAGUCGGGAUAAGAAGUUGGAUGAGGAGCGUUCGCUAGCUUUAGGAAAGGAGGAACAAGUACACAAGUCUAAGGAAGAGGGGUUGAAGGAAGUUGAGAAGAAGAGAGAUGAGAUCGAGAAGAAGUUAGAAGAUCCAAACAUCUCUGAACAAGAAACGGAGCAGUUGUUGGAGGAAUUGAACAAUUUGUAGUAAGGCAGUUAGCUCCAGGUUUUGUCCUCCCUCAGAGAGAGAGCAUACAGUCAACUUAACAGGCAUGUGGUUUCAGGGGGCAUGAUGAGCAAGAGCAUACAGUCAACUUAACAGGCAUGUGGUUUCAGGGGGCAUGAUGAGCAAGAGCAUACACUCAACUUAACAGGCAUGUGGUUUCAGGGGGCAUGAUGAGCAAGAGCAUACAGUCAACUUAACAGGCAUGUGGUUUCAGGGGGCAUGAGGAGCAAGAGCAUACAGUCAACUUAACAGGCAUGUGGUUUCAGGGGGCAUGAGGAGCAAGAGCAUACAGUCAACUUAACAGGCAUGUGGUUUCAGGGGGCAUGAGGAGCAAGAGCAUACAGUCAACUUAACAGGCAUGUGGUUUCAGGGGGCAUGAUGAGCAAGAGCAUACAGUCAACUUAACAGGCAUGUGGUUUCAGGGGGCAUGAGGAGCAAGAGCAUACAGUCAACUUAACAGGCAUGUGGUUUCAGGGGGUAUGAGGAGCAAGCGUGUGGUUUCAGGGGGCAUGAGGAGCAAGCCACCAAGGCCAUUUUGGUGGCAACAUAGCCUGCUCACUGAUCUCUUAGAAAGGAUUUUAAGACUUCAAAGAGUUUAUGUUACCUGCCACAUGAUAUGUUAAGAGUACCGAUACUCGGCAUGACUUGAGUGAGAUAUCAUUGGUUUACAGUCCACUAGACUAAGUAACAUAUGGUUGAUAUGCCACAUGAUAUGUUAAGAGUACUGAUACUCGGCGUAACUUGAGUGAGAUAUUAUUGGUUCACAGUCCACUAGACUAAGUAACAUAUGGUCGAUAUGCCACAUGAUAUGUUAAGAGUACUGAUACUCGGCAUGACUUGAGUGAGAUAUCAUUGGUUUACAGUCCACUAGACUAAGUAACAUAUGGUCGAUAUGCCACAUGAUAUGUUAAGAGUACCGAUACUCGGCAUGAAUUGAGUGAGAUAUCAUUGGUUUACAGUCCACUAGACUAAGUAACAUAUGGUUGAUAUGCCACAUGCCAAUUGACCAUGUGUAGCUAACACAUCUGAGAGAUAUUUCAACACACCAGAAACAAAUGCAUGUCUGGUGGCGGUGCGCCCGGUGCUACGAUAGCUUCAGGCUGUGAUUAUUGUAUUCUUUGUUCUCAUGUGAGUUGUAGUUGUCUUUGUAAAUUGACAAUAAUAGCUAUAGACCGAUAUGGUUCAAAUGUGUUCAGUGCUGCCAAGCCGAGUAGUCUCAUGGCCCUAUUGUAGCUGAAUGUUUCAACAUUGAACAGUAUGUGCUUCCGGCUGUAUAUACAUGUCAUCAAGUAUGGAUUAAAACAUUGAAUCUACGUUUGAAGUGAUUAGGUAAUUUAUAAAAAACGCAGCCUUUCAUAUGUGACUUUGAAUAAUCAUUGUUAUCAAUAAAUUGUAUGAAUCCAGGUAACAGUAGCAAUCCAAAGUAACUGUGUCUGAACAACUAAAGGGUUAUGCUGUAGAAGUGAUCUGAUACACAAUGCCUAAUGCUGCUCCCAUGAAUACCUAAUGCUGCUCCCAUGAAUGCCUAAUGCUGCUCCCAUGAAUGCCUAAUGCUGCUCCCAUGAAUAUAUUCUGAGUACAAUGUAUUUGUAUAUCUGUCCAUUCAAGAGCUUUGUUGAAAUUCAUACGGUAUUCAGUGCUAAUUUUUACAAUCUGAAAGUUUCAAAAUUUUAAAUCUUAAAAAAUUGUUGUGGGCGAAUAAUAUAUGUGACCCUUCACAGCAAAAGGAGGCGCUUGUCGCACAGAAGAUGAGCCUAAAUGACACCAGGAGAUAAUGGAAGAAAUUGAUGUGCUCAUAAGGCAGACAAUAGUGAAAUGAACAAACAGUCGGUCUCAACCUGCCAAGCUCAGAGCGACACGCCCCUGGUUUCCAUGUGACAGGUCUCACAUUACAAAUGAGAUGUUAAGAUGUGGUUACACCUGGGUUGAUAAUGUUGUAGUGUAGCAUCGAUGACAGGUCUUUCAUCUUGCCCAAAUAGUAAGCAAAAUGAAAAUAGUAAAACUAUGACCCACUCUUUGCUGUUUGUAAAUCAAGUUGUUUAUAUAUUUGAUAUUCUUCACUGAAAGUGAAUAAAAUAAAGUGUUGCAGA